CCAAAUACCGGUACCAAACUUUUAGCCCUAACCAAUACCCUUUUGAUGUGAUGGAGAGUCAUUAUCAUAACACACACCCCCCACCCCCCCACCCCCAAGUAUGGAGGGGAGGAUGGAGAUAACGUGUAACAUGAUGAUGAAGGCUAAAUUUUGACUAAGUGAUGAGGGGGUCAUUAGUUAACCCCCCACCCUAAUGCAAUGAGGUGGGGUGAAAAUUGGCUAAGUAUGGAGUAUCCACUCUCAUGUGGUGAAGUGAACAUGUAUUUGGACCUGUGAAACUUCAAGCCCAUAUAUGGUGGCUUUCAUUUGAGAGGGUGUGUUAGUAAGUGGUACAUGAUUAAUAAUUAAACAUCUCUCAACAACUCAAAUGAUUAGGCCCAACUGGUUCUUGAUGUGGUAUCAAAGCCUUCUGUGACCGAGAGGUCUUAUGUUCGAAUCCCGAAACGAUUCCAUUUGUUAAGCAAAUGGUAAUUGAACUUGGGCAAACUUUAAGCCAAUAUAUAGUGGCAUUUGUUUGGUGGGGUGGGGAGGAGUUAGUAAUGGUAUGUGACUCAUGAUUGAACAUCUCUUAACAACUCCAUUUAUUGGUAGCAACUGGUUCUUGACAGGAGCCACCCUCAUCUGAUGAAGGGUUCAUCACUCCUGAUGUGACGAGAGGAGGUCAUCUCUGUAGUAUGAAUAUGACAGUCAAUAAUUUUGCUAAAUGUCAAGUGGCGAAUAGGUCACUCAUGUCGCUCCUACAAUCAUAAAUGGUAGUUGUUUUGCCAUUUUGACCCACAUGAUUCAAAUACCCACCCACAUGUUACAAGGAGGGGACUACAUGUCUUAGACUUUUUUCCCCAUCUGACAAUUAAAGCUAAGGAGGAGCUACUAAGUGGUGGAGGGGGUCAAGACUAAAAAGGGGGCCACAACCAUCGUCGGGCAUCAUCAGAGCAAUGGAGAAAGUAAUUUGCACUCCUUGCUAGCUGAGCGGUUUUUUAUUAUAAUUACUUCUGGUGGCUAUAAAUAGAAAGUGAAGAUGACAUAUCAAGGGUUCGCAAAAAUCACAACUUUACACCACUUGUCAUGUUUUAUUUUAUGAGUUUCACUGCAAAACAUAAUUGUAGUUUUUGAGUUCUCACAGAAUCUCCAUAGGGGUAGAGUUAUUUUAAUGUAUAUGUAUCUCACGAGUUGUGAAAAAUAUUGAAUACCCUUGUUUGAACAUUUUUCAAAGAGGUGUGAAUUGUGUUUAAUUAGUUGUUCAAAAUGUCAAAGUGCAAUCAAUCCAAUUUCAACAUAAGUUUCCUCGAUGAGAAACAUAUCGCAUGAAAUUUUCCAUUUCAUACAUUUGAAUUUGAUGCACUUAUUCAUAAAAUAAUUUGAUGCACCUAAACACUCAGGAAAGCCCAGAUGGAUGGAUAAGGGAGUGGUUGAAUUGCGAGUUGUCGAAUUCAGUAACCUGUGAGAUAGAGACAGUUCAAUAUCGUCAUAGUUAUGGUUCAUAUUGGAGUUAUUGUGUAAAGAGAACACAAUAAUAACCAUACAAAUUAUCAAAUGAUGUCUAGAUAGUGUUAGAGCUUGUGAUGUUUCAUAGAGAUUAAUUACAUGUUAUAGCUCUAUAUUUUUUUUACAAAAUAUAAUCAUAUAUAUUGAUUCGACCAAUAGAUUAUUACAUCCUGAAAUUUAAUCAGGCCAUAAAAUCAAAGAUACAACACGUAGUCGGGUACAAUGAAAGGGACUUUCUAACCAUCAAAUGGACUACCCUAUUACUACUCUGACCUACAAAUCGCACAUUAAGCCCAAUUUGAAUAACUAAAUAGCGCACGACCUACUCCAUCACCUAACUUAUAUGGAGUACUCUUCUUAUAAUACUCCAAAUUUAAAUCCAAAUCCUUUCUAUAGUUUUUUGUAUAUAAAUUUCCUGAAAUUUUAUUAAUGGGCUAGAGCCUCAUUUGAUAAUAGAUCCAAAAUCCUUUCUAUAGUUAUCGACUCGGUAGUUUUUAAUUUUCAUAUGUAACUUUUCCACGUACCAUGAUAGUAUUCCUUCAACAAACAUCGCCAUUUUAUAGGGUUCACAAACCGAUUUGAGAUAACUUUUUCCUAUCUCAUUAAAUUUUUUUAUAAAUUAUGUCCAUUAAAAAUAACAAACUUUCAAAUCAUCCUCCAUCUUAUAUAAAAUUUACCUAACACCUCCACUCACGGAAAAACCCCGCUAAAAUUCGGAGCUCCAAACAAUAGAACAUUUAAUUCGUUCAUUCCUUCAGGUUCAUUUUUGUUUUACUCUCUUCUUCGCAAUUCAACCAAAAUUCGUUCCGCUGAUUAAUCACAGGAGGAAAAAAGAUAGUAUUAAGAACAACAAAACUUGAAGCUCGAUGGACGAUGAUGAGAAUGGAGGGGUGGAAUCCGGAGACGAGAUCGAAUCGACCUCGCCGCGAGAUGGAAACGCCGUUAUUCAAGAGAUAUUGAAGGUGAUCGGAUCCGUCGCCCAGUUGGGAGAUUACCGGCGAAGCCACCGGAAAGAAUGUAUGGCCCUCGUCCGGCGGAUCAAAACAUUCCUCCCUUUCCUGGAGGAGAUUCGGGACCUCGAAACGCCCAUCACCGACGAAGGGAUCGAAUGCUUGAAGAAUCUGAAAACUACAAUCGUCAUGGCCAAGAAGCUCCUCAGAACUUGCAAUGAAGGAAGCAAGAUUUACCUGGCUGUGGAGAGCGAGGCCGUGAUGGUGGGAUUUCGAGCUGUGCAGGACAAACUGUUCAAUGCCCUGGAGUCUGUACCGUAUGAAGAACUCGGGAUAUCCGACGAGGUGAGGGAGCAGAUCGACCUUAUGCGAGCACAAUUGAAACGGGCACAGCGCAGGACGGACACGCAGGACAUGGAGCUAGCGAUGGAUUUAAUGGUGGUGUUGUCGGACGACGACGAGUUGAAUUCCGACUGUGCAAUAAUCAAGAGAAUAGCUGGGAAGCUAGACCUCCAUGACGUCGAGAGUGUGACGAACGAGAUGAUCGCUGUGAGGAACUUGGUGAGGGAGAAAAGCGGAGGAGGCGGGGCCCUGGCUCCUAGUCAAGAAACUGUGCAGAAAAUCGUCGACAUUCUCAACAACAUCAGGAAGAUUGUGGGAUUAGAAGCGACUUCUGAUUUCGAUUGCCAUGGUGGUGGGGGCCCUACCACCAAAUCGCUCGCCAAGAGUCCGUCUCUCGUCAUCCCUCACGAUUUCCUCUGCCCGAUCACGCUCGAGAUCAUGACAGAUCCCGUCCUCAUUGCUUCCGGCCAGACAUACGAAAGGGAGAGCAUCCAGAAAUGGUUCGACGCGGACCACAAGACGUGUCCCAAGACAAGGCAAACGCUGGAGCAGCUUUCCAUGGCGCCAAACUGCGCUUUGAAAAGCCUAAUCAUCGAAUGGUGCGAGAAGAACAACUUCAAGCUCCCCAAGAAGGAAUCCUAUCCCGCCAUUGGCGAACUCUCCACCUGCAGAGGAAUCGAAGAAGUCGCCACACUGGUCGACGAGCUCUCCUCCAGCAACCUGGAUGUGCAGAGGAAAGCUGUCAAAGAAAUCCGCAUGCUCUCCAAAGAAAGCCCCGAAAACAGAGUGUCGAUCGCUAAGAAUGGAGCAGUUCGCCCGUUGGUCAACCUUCUUCCUUACCCAGAUUCCAAAAUCCAAGAACACGCCGUGACUGCGCUGCUCAACUUAUCAAUUGAUGAAAUGAACAAGAGGAGCAUCACUGAAGCUGGAGCAAUCCCUGCCAUCAUUGAUGUGCUUCGAACUGGGUCCAGGGAAGCGAAAGAGAACUCUGCUGCUGCUCUGUUUAGCUUAUCAAUGUUGGAUGAUAACAAGGUGACGAUCGGGCUCUCCGACGGGAUCCCUCCCUUAGUCGACCUGUUACAGCACGGUACUCUGAGGGGGAAGAAAGACGCCCUCACGGCGCUCUUCAACCUCUGCCUCAGCAGUUGUAACAAGGAGCGAGCUGUAGAUGCAGGGAUCGUGAACCCACUCAUGCAACUACUGAAAGAUCGAAACUUGAACAUGAUCGAUGAGACAUUAUCAAUCUUCUUGCUCCUAGCGUCGCACCCGGAAGGAAGGACAGCCAUCGGACAACUUUCGUUCAUCGAGAUGUUGGUGGAGUUCAUUGCCGAUGGGACGCCAAAGAACAAAGAGUGUGCCACUUCGGUUCUGCUGGAGCUCGGGUCCGGUAACCCGCAUUACAUGCUGGUGGCACUUCAGUUCGGGGCUUAUGACCAUCUGGUUGAUAUUCGAAAGAGCGGGACGGAACGAGGGAAGAGGAAAGCCAAUGCGCUGCUUCAGUUGAUGAGAAAAUCCGAGCAGCUUUGACAUUUUGUUUUCUUGGGAGGGGAGAUUAAUUGUUUUUCUUUUUCUUUCUGGGUUCAUGUGUUCAUAUGAGUAUCUUUUUCUGUGUGCUUGUGAUUCACUGAUGAUAUCCCUGUAUAUAUAUAUUGGCUUAUAUACAUGAAGUGGUAGAAUUGGGGCAAAGACGGGGACUAUUUCAAAUUACUCUUUCUCAUAUAAACCUCACAUUCAAUCACAAAUAGUAACCAUAUGAGAAAGCUACAGAUAAAAACCUCUAAAACACACAAAUAAGCACGAACAGAACGCAUUCAAGUCGAUUAACAUUGUUGGGGAAGUUCAUGGCUCAAGCGCCAAGGUUCUCGUUCGUUACAUAAUUCACAGCCACUACCUGGCUAACUACUGACAUUUACAUCGUAUCAUUAAUAUCACAAUGAAUUAAGUCAUUCACUGAAUCGUCGACUAUAAACAGAAAUAUCAAGGACAUACCACAGGUAGAGGGGUAGGCCAGACUGGAAGAGUAAGUGGUAACACAGUGGACCAUUCCACGCAUCGGAUACGCUUCCUAUUCUGAUCAGAAUUCUCAGGUACUUGCAGUGUUUUGCCUUCAAAAUCACACUCGAGGAAUGUGGUUCCCAUAGACAAAGCAUUGGAUCUCUAGGAUGCAAACCAUGAAAAUGGACUACGUUGUCGGAACACUUUAUGGCCUGAUUCAUUGAACUUGAGGUACAAUCCAUCCCAUCCGGGAUAUGAACAUCAUGAUUGAGACACUACUCACCAUUUGUGACUAUGUACACUCUCAGUUGUCCUUCAAAAGCUUGUCCUACCCACAAUGAGCCUUGGCAUUGGCUAAGCCCAUCGAAAGGGGCGAACUUCUGGAGCUCCUUAGGAAAAUCCAAUGGGAAAAUGUGAAGCGCACUGAAGGAGAGGAGCACGGGGUAGCACUAUCCACUUCUCCUCCUUGAUAUAGAAAACAAAAAUCUUACAUGGUUUAAUGUCACACCCUUUUUCGUUCGAUUUGGUCAAUAUGUGUGAGGACUAAUUUAAGAGCUAUGCUUCCAUUAACUGAUAAUGUAAAUGAAACACGAAUAUUAAAAAGGUUCAAAAGAUGAAAACUUCUCCGAUGAAGGUAGUGGUAUUACAUUAUGAAACUUGAUUAGUCUCAACUUGGUUUUUUUAUCACCCCAUGCAGAGGAAGGCACUAGACUUAAUGGUCUCCUCAAAUAAUCUAACAAGUUGGACCCUUAAAGGUGAAAAUAAAGUUAGAGGUAGUGAUAUUUUGACGAAAUUCUCAAAUAGGUGUAUUUAUUUACUUUAAUUAGAAUAUAAUAGUACAAUAGGAAAGAGAAACUUACAUAUGUGACAACAUUAAGACAUUUAACCGAUAUAGAAAACAUAAAAUUAGAGUAGUAGGCACUCUUGUAAACAUGCAAUUACUGGGAUCAUAAAAACUAAAUGGCCAAGAGAGAAUAUGAAUAGAUUAGCGACGAACUGGGUUAUAUUGGCGAUGUAGACGCUCCAGAAAAACUUGGUGCUAGCGUUCUACCUUGUGAAUAUGUCUUUUCAAACGAAUAAAGUUCCAUAAACCACACAAAAGUAACACAAUUAUGUGAAUUUUGAACUUAACUUGUCGAAUGAUGGAGUCAGGGUCAUCCAUGAGUUGUGGAAGGAAAUGAGUAAUACUAAAAUCUUAAAUGUAAGGCAAAGACGUACAAGUAGGAUGAAAGGAUUACUGCUUCGAAUGUGAACUGGGAAAGAGCGAGAGAUGUAGAAAUCAAGUUCUUUGGAAGAUGGGUAGUUAAAUAAAUGAUAAUGGUUGGGGCUCUCAAUCAACCUAAGAAAAUAUAGAAAAUGAGAGGAAUAGAAAUUGGGAUCUUCGAGCUAGAAGUUCGAAGGGUGGAAAAGAAGAGUGAUUUAUAUAAAGAAAACUCAAUUGGUAGAGAAAAACGAAGACACUAGAAAGCAAACAUAGAGAACGUGAGUGGAGCAGCAAACCCUUAUGUGGUGUACGCGUAAUAAAUACCUAGAAGAAAGAAAGAAAGAUAUUGUAGAAUCUAAUCAAUUAAGACAUGGAAUAAAUUAGCACGCUAUGUUGUCUUAGCAUUAUAACGAAACUGUUGGGAUUAAGUUAGUAUUUGAUGAUACAUCUCGUCAGUAUCAGAAGAAAAUCCUUAUGAUAUGUGAUGAUUAUUUUUAUCCUUUUACCUUUAGGUAACCUAAAAUUAUGUGAGUAGUCAUAAAAGGAAAAUGGUGAUUAUUUAAAUAAAAGUUUUGGUCAAUAUUGCUAUGAAUAGAAGUCUAAUGUUUUACUAAGCAUACAAUUUUGAAAUGUCUUGUUGAUUAAAAAGGCUUAUCAUGAGCUGAAUGUACUUAUGAAAUUAUAAUGGUGUUAUUGAAUAUCCCUAGAUAACGACAAGCGGUGACGAAGAGUUGGAUAAAGAAGUUAGAGUACUUGAGCUUGAAACAUGAAACCAAAAAUAUGAAAGUUGGAACUUUGAUGUUCAGCGAAAAGAUAAAUGGAGGAAUAACCAAAUGAGUGAACCUAGGUAGGUUAGUUCAGGUUUGAGAUAAAAUGCUUAAUCUAAACGAAAUCAAGAUGUGAUGUUCGUAUUAAAGGGGUAUGAAUAGAAAUGAGAAAAGACUAACCCAAAUUUUAUUUAUAGUUUGCUCGAAAAUCAAAUUAAGGACAAUGUCCUUAGACUGAAAAGGAUUUGACACCAAGUGAGUACACUUCAAGACUACUAGGUUAAGGUGAAUCAAAGCGCGUAGUGAAGAAAAGCAAGAAUUAGGAGGCUCACAUGUCAGUCCAGUAUGGUAAUUUCAAAAUGAAACACAGUUUACCUCAAGAGUCUUACUAAUUGCAAGAGGCAUGGGGUACUAAGUUUGAUUUUGUUCUUAUCUCAUUGCAAACCAAGGAUCUAAAUACACUAUGUUAAGCAGGAUCGUUAUGUUAAAAGCCCAUACGACAAUUCUUAAUGUGCAAUCCUGUUGUUAAGAGAAUUUGUGGGUAAUAAUUCAUAUGAGUACUAAGAUAACAUUAUGUGAAUUUUAUGUGAUAAUGAAUCUAAAACUCGGAGACAACCCUAAGGGGUUUUAAAUUUUAAUAUGGUUUAGUGCAUACAUAUUAAAGAUUGAGGAAUACUAGAGACAUAGGUUUUCUGAACUAUAAAGUGAUCCGAAGAGUUUAUGGAUAUUGUGUAAUGAGAUGUUGGGUGUCUGGAAGGAUUCAAAUGGUAGAUUGAGAAUUAUAAUUACAUUUCUUUUCUAAGGAAGACAAACUAAGGAGGGAAGUGAUAUUGAGGGUAAAAGUGUGAGGAAUAACGAAAGCAUGAAUGCUUAAUACCCAAAUUAUUCAAGUUAAAUUUCGAGGGUGAAAUUUUUUUUAGAGGGGAGGAAGUGUCACACCCUUUUUCGUUCGAGUUGGUCAAUAUGUGUGAGGACUAAUGUAAGAGCUAUGUUUCCAUUAACUGAUAAUGUAAAUGAAACACGAAUAUUAAAAAGGUUUAAAAGAU